UUCAGAUUACCUGUCUCAUGCACUACUGACAGGAUAUAAUGACAAUUAAAAAAAAAAACUUUAAAUCAUAUGUGCUCCAAUUCCACCCAGUGCUGCUGCUUUAUUAUCUGCUUUAAGGUGCAUUACUGUGAAAUGUGUGAGCGGAAGUGGUCUGUUCUCACCCCGUGUAGCUUCACAGAGGACGGCAUUGCUCCAUGGUGGUGUUUUUCUGGGAGGAGUGGGACAGCAGCCGUACAGGGAGAGAAAAAAAAACAAAAAACAGCAAUAAGCAACAAAUAAGGGUACAAACCUGACUGUGUGGGACCUCGGACGAAGCCGGAUAGAUGAAGUUCCCCGGGAACAGCUCUCCUGGACCGUGUUUUAGGUGACCGCGUCGGUUCUCACUUUUAAUUACCGAGCAGUAGACGGGACUCAUGGAUAAAAGGAGAGCAGGCGGAGACGACGACAUCAAAGGGGCUCCCGGGUCAUUAGAUACAGCUAUAGCACCGUUCAGACCAUUAUCUAACACGCAAGAGCCCGACAGCCUCCUGAAACACCAGUGAGCUUUGUAACAAGCUGCUUUUGGUGAUUGUCUGGAGCCUCCUGGUCGUCUUCUCAGGAGGGAGGAAAAACGUACGUACGCGCGUCACUCACAAAAACAACAGUAUUGUACUAAAGGCUGAUAUUUGGUGAGCUAUUCCCUCCCAUGCCAAAGAACAACCACAGUUUCUACAGCCCUAGUUUUGCAGCCUUUUCUCCAGUAAAUGCUAAAAAGGCUGCUGCACUUCUCUCUCUUUUCCUUUGUUACUCAGACCAAGACGAGCAGGCAGCUGAGACACAGUUUCUGAGCCCCCGUAUGCUUUGUGUUUUUUUUAUGGGAAACUUUUCCUUUUUCUAAGUGCUGAAAGUUGGAGAAGGAAACCCCUUUUUGUAGUGAUCCUCCUCUCCUCUCUCCCUCCUCCUCCCACCUCCUCCCUCCACAAUAAGAGCCACAUUAUAACAGUAUGGACGACCAGGCCCGCAUGAUGCUGGGUCAUAUUGGACUAACUGGACUGUCUCAUGAGGAUGUGGGUGACCCUGACAACAUCAGGAAACAUCACAACCUCGGUGGUGGUCAGCCGCAGCAGGACAUUGGUGACAUCCUCCAGCAGAUCAUGGUCAUCACAGAUGAGAGUCUGGAUGAGGCCCAGGCCAGGAAACAUGCUUUAAACUGCCACAGAAUGAAGCCGGCCCUCUUCAGUGUGCUGUGUGAGAUCAAAGAGAGGACAGCCCUGAGCAUCCGCGGCGUCCAGGAAGAAGAUGGUCCAGACCCUCAGAUCAUGCGACUGGACAACAUGCUGUUAGCAGAGGGGGUCGCGGGUCCGGAGAGGGGCGGGGCCUCUGCAGCGGCGGCAGUGGUUGCCGCGGCAGCCGGAGGGUCGCCUGCUGAGGGGAACAUAGAGCACAGCGAGUACAAAGAGAAGCUCGCUCAGAUACGAAAGAUGUACCACGCUGAGCUGGAGAAAUACCAACAGGCAUGCAAUGAAUUCACCGACCACGUGAUGAACCUGCUGAGGGAACAGUCCCGUACGCGGCCCAUCUCACCCAAAGAGAUAGAGCGAAUGGUGGGAAUAAUCCACAAAAAGUUCAGCACUAUCCAGAUGCAGUUAAAGCAGAGCACAUGUGAAGCUGUCAUGAUCUUACGCUCCAGGUUCCUGGACGCCAGGCGGAAACGAAGGAACUUCAGCAAGCAGGCGGCAGAGAUCUUGAAUACCUAUUUUUACUCCCAUCUGGCAAACCCCUACCCGAGUGAGGAGGCCAAGGAGGACCUGGCCAGGAAGUGCUCCAUCACUGUUUCUCAGGUGGCCAACUGGUUUGGAAAUAAGAGGAUUCGAUAUAAAAGGAACGUUGCAAAGUUGCAGGAGGAAGCUAACCGGUAUGCUGUGAAGACAGCUGUGGACGCUGCCAGUGUAUCUUCACAGGCAAGCCAAGCCAACUCCCCAGCCACACCAAACUCAGGAGGAUACCCAGCCCCGUGUUUCUCUCCUGACGGGAGGUUAUGAGGACCUGACAGGGCGAACUCACUUCCCUCCUCUCUGUGUCCAUGGUGGUGACGGCUGGCAGCACAGUGGUGAUUCCUCCUACCAUCUCUCCCCCCCCACCCAGAGCACCGGGGAGCAGCACUACGUCACCCUCCAGCUGAUGCUCCACCUUCCCUCCCCACCCUGCUCCUCAGACUAAUACAACCCAGACUGUAGGCUGACGUCCAGCCACGCCACAAACAGAGCAUUACCAAAACUCUGCAACUGUUUUUCUUUUGUGAUGCUGAUCCUUUUCUAACAUCUCUGCAAGUUUUUUUUUUUAACCCCUCCACUUUACGAAUGUGUUGACACCUCUUAUUUCUUUGUUCUUUUUACUAUUACUCACACCAUUCUUCUAUUAUUUUUUAAAAAUAUAAAUAAUGAUGAAAAGAACCUUUUUUUAAUGUACUGCUUCACCUUCAGUGAAUCAUAAACUGUAUGGAGGUUUAGGGCCGGUAUGUGGCCUUGAACCAGAUGUGGAUUCAUCAUUUUAUUUCAAAGAAUUAAAAUAAGAAAAAAAUGAACAAAAAGAAAGCAUGUAGUCAUUUUUAGAUGUUGAACUACGAUUUUAUUAUGUCUUUUUUUUCCUUUGAAGUUUUUUAAGAAAAAUGUUGUCGAUGAGAAAAUGCAUUGAAAGAGUACAACAAAAACAUCUAAAUGGCAGAAAUGACCAAAAAUGAAUAAAAACAUUGUCACUUAUUAAAUUUUUAUUUGCUUCAGAAAA